AUGGCGCAAUCUGUUGAGUUGACUCACGCAACACCCACCCACAUCCCCUCAAUCGCCGAACCUCUGGCACCUUACAUCAAAAGCCGCCAGGAUGCUCUGUUGAUUCGGCAAGCUUUGACCAUAUAUCUUCGCUCCCAUAUCGAGUUCGCAGAAAAUUAUACCGAGCACCCAGAAUGCCACAGUCAAUCCCAUCUGUCGUUAUCAGUGCCUCACGAAGCAGUGGUCGAUGUCAAGCGGCUUCCAUCAGAGUUGACAGGGUUGCGAAGACAGUACCUGGAAGCGCUCCAGUCGAAUGUGGCUGCAAAGAGGGAAUAUCAGUCAGUUGUGGAGAAGGUGACUUCUGUGGGCCGUGAAAGGAGCAAACCACGGGCGGAAAAGUUACCAGUGGAUUCGUCCGCGGACUUACAGGAGUACCUGCGGCUUCUCCGUGACCGGCGUCGACAUGCGAAGCUUCAGGUUUUUGAACACUACAUCAAAGAGCUCAAACAACGUGAAACGCCCAAACCAGCGGAUUUAGAGGAUAGUGGGAUUCCUUAUCAGCAGCUUGCACCACCACCAGAAAUUGAAGUUACCCGACAUGGCUCUACCACAGGGCUUACCGUCGAAGAGCAGAUGCAUAACCUGGAGAAAGCCGUUAUCCGCGCCAAGGCUCAGCUGGAGAGAGAGAAAGGGUUGUUAGAAGAACUUCAGGCGCAACAAACGCCCGUAGAGGCCCAAGAUAUCCCACGCGCAGUUAAGGGCGUGGCGUUACAGCGGACUCGUAAUGAGUUGGUGCGUUGGGUGGAGGAGAAAUUAGUAAGUGCUGGAAACAAUGAGAACCGUUCGGCCUCCCGAGACUUUCAUCCCGAAGACAUGGAUGAGUCUGUGCGUCUGCUUGGGGAGAAGAAAGCACAGAUCGCACAACAAUACGCUGCAUAUGCAGAUGCUCGCAAGCGUCUGCUCGAUGCGGCCUCCAGAGCUUGCCAACCAGUUACUCUCCCGGCUGGAAAGCCCUCAUCCCGGCCUACUAGCUUGGUGCAAGGAAAGAAUGCAUCAGAGGAAAUACAAUCUCCGGAUGCAUUGGGAGUCCUUAAUUUUGCUAGCGAUGUCCUUCAGCCGUUGGCCAGGAGCCAGCGCGCAUUGGCACUACAGAAAUUCUACCUAUCGGGUAUGCUUGCGAAGGAAAAAGCCACCACUCUUCGCAUUCUGAGCAGGCUGCGAGAUGAAAGCCACCUUCUCCCAGAGUACCCGAUUCUGGCACGCCAGCCACGGUUCAAACAUGCGACAGCAACUCUAGCUUCGCACCAGGCCACGAGUACAGAAUCUGCCAAGCCAGACCAACUUGUUGACCUGGCCGAGGCAUGGGCAUCUGCUUCGGAUGCCGCAGGUAUGACUGAACAAGAAUACGUCGGGUACCGACUAGAGGAAGGGAUAGAGACAGCGCAGGAUGCACAACAGGCGCUGGAAGAUGUUUAUAGUAUACUUAACCAGAACCUGGAGGAUACCUUACGUGACCGGCAGGGCGAAUCGGGCGAGGACAGUAUGUGGCCGUCGGGGGCACGAUUGACUCGGUCACGGGCCAAAAUUCAGCAGAGUCAACAGCCAGCGAAGGGUCCCUGGAGUGGACUUCAUGGUCAGGUGGCUGUUGGAAGAUGA